CGCCCGUUGGUCAUGUUAGUGUUCUCGGACAAUAAAGGAAACAGACGUUAACUAACUGACCUAGAGAGAGAUUAACCAUCGAGUAGGUCAGCCACAUUUAAGAACCAAAGGGCAUUUGACUCUUAGUUCAUAAAAGAUAAAAACGUAGAAGUUUUCCUGGUCGACGUAACUAAGAAGAUAUCAAGAUUUCGCAAUGGCAAAGGUUCAGGUGUUGAAUGUAGCUGUUUUGGACAACCCAAGCCCGUUUGGAAACCCGUUUCAGUUUGAAAUCACGUUUGAAUGCAUGGAGGAUUUACCAGAAGAUCUGGAGUGGAAGAUCAUCUACGUGGGUUCCGCUGAGAGCGAGGAGUACGAUCAGGUUCUGGACUCUGUUUUAGUUGGCCCUGUGCCGGCAGGCAGACACAUGUUUGUGUUUCAGGCUGAUGCUCCUAACACGGGGCUGAUUCCAGAGAGCGAUGCUGUAGGAGUGACUGUGGUCCUUAUAACCUGCACCUACCGUGGACAAGAGUUCAUCCGCAUCGGUUACUAUGUCAACAAUGAAUACACAGACCCCGAGCUACGGGAAAAUCCACCUCUUAAACCAGACUAUACUCAGCUCCAGAGAAACAUUUUGGCCUCCAACCCUCGUGUCACGCGCUUCCAUAUCAACUGGGAGGGCACAGCGGACAAGAUGGAGGACAGCGAAAACGUUGAUCCAUCCCCCAACAUCAGCAGCAUGCUGCCCCCUGCCUGUAUACCUGGGAAGAUGCCGCCUCUUGGACUGAUGCCAGACAACUCCAUGGACUGCAUGUAACUAUCAAGAGGUUGUGAUACAGGACCGCAAACUCUUCUAAUCUUUGUAUAUCACAAACACGUUUGGACAAGGGCGCCACAGACCUGUCCAGCCAACAUGUGGACAUUUACAGAAAACUGACUUUAUUUUUAUACAGCAUACACAGAAAGGAAUGAUCUGUACCUCUUGAGCAGAUCGUAACACUCAGCUUUGCCUUAUUUAACUGUAUCUCUGUGUUUGACUAAAUUUAAGCAGAGCCAGACAAAGUUCGGGUCAUGAAGGUUAAGUGUUCUUAACAAAGGACUUCCAUAUUUUGAGGCCAAUAAAUCAUAUUCAUGCACUGAUGCUGACCUUUUUCUACCCAUACCAUGCACUUCAUCCCAUUGAACACAGAUUAACGCUAUGUGUAGUGCUCUGUCUGACAGAAUAAAUGUAGCAGUAACUGUGUACACUUAAAGAGUUUAAUUUUUCUAUAGGUUGAGCUCAUCUGGCAUACAGUAUGUCUUAAGAAUCUGGAUUGCCUUUAAAAACAAAAUCUGGGCAUUUUACUAGUUCCUGUGAUAAGCAGAAGCUCGAUUAUUAGCUAGGAGCUAAAGCACAGCACUAUCUUGUUUGCAAAUGCUAAUCCUGACAAUUCAAUAAUCUUAAUUCUUUACAAUGCCUGUUUUUUUAAUGUUCCAUAACAUGCCUGUUACGACAAAGCGCACGGAUAAAGGAGACAAGAAAAAAAAUAUGCCAUAUUGUAGUCAUCUGCUUUGGAUGAUGUAAAAUUCUGUAAAUACUCUUAUUCCUGCACUUAUUUUGUCUUCAUGGGUUGAGGAUGUAUUUUGUCUUUGUACUUACUUUAUAUUCUCUGUUUCCUUUUUGUAACAACAGCAGUAUGGUUAAUAAAAUUUGUUUUGGUGA